GGUCUGGCGGUGGGUCGAGUCCAGGAGAUGAGGAGACCGGAGGGAUUAAGAAGUGCCCUUGGAACUCCCUGGCUUGCCAUGAUGCUCGGUGGCAGAAGGACCCGAGGUGAAGGGUCUUCACUUACGGGCGUCGUUUCACAGCGGGUUCUCUUCGAAUCUGCAGUUCGCUCAUCCCUUGGUGUGCGACGUGCAGAAUGUUAACAUCCUUCCGUGUGAUCAGGAGCCUGUGUACCAUGUUGUUUGUAAAACACAGACAGGUGCACGUGUGGAAGCUGCCGUGACACGGAACGGUCCGGAGCUGAGAGUCCCGGGUACCUAGUUAUUCCUCACAAGUGUUACCUUGAGCGUGGGUCACCUCUGUGUUUCUGACGGGGAACUGACGUAAGGGGCUCGGUAAGUUCUGGGAGAGCCGGGUGGUGUUGGCUAACGCGUAUGAAGCUCUCCCGUGUGUCAGGCAUGUCGGAGCGAGCUUGAUCCAGCCCGCUGCUCGUGAUGCUCUGAGGGGGCUCCCCUUCUGUGGAACUGUCCUCACCCUCUCUCUGCUCCGCACGCUCCUGCCCCGGGCCUCCUUCCACCUGUUCCUGACCGUCAGCCAAAGCGGAGCCCUAAGUGGGGAGGAUGGGUCCAUCACUCUCCUGCUCGGAGCCCUGCGAGUUCCCCCAUCUCAGUCCCCCCAGGGGCCCGCUGUCCCCUCUGGUCACCCCUCUGGCUGUGGGGUCUGGGCUUCACCCCUCCGCACCCUCACCUCUCACCCACUGUGCCCUGCUGUCCCUCCGUAUCCAUUCCUCCCUCCCAUCAGGCUGCCCUCUGAGCAGAAGCCUCCGGAAGGCGGGGGUCUUGCUCUGUCUCCCUCCUGAGGGCUCAGAACAGUGCAUGGCAGAGAGGAGGCAGUUGUCAGUGUCUGUGGACAAACGACUAACGUGUUCUUACUUUCUGCGCAGGUAGGAAGUGGCGAGCCGAUCGAAGCCGUUUGCCUGCCUCCCGCACUGCCCCUCCCAUGCUCCUGUUGUACUCGGUGAAUCAGUCAUCUAUUUAUGCCCCGUAUGUCUGUGUUACCUCCAGAUUUGUGUGCUUUUCUUCGUAGAAUAGAAACAUUUACAAAACAUUCAAAAUUAUUCUAAAACCAUGACGUACGGUAGAGUAAAUUAGUCUGUUGCGAACAGGGAGCCCUCAACCUACGAGAGCAGCUGUGUCCUGCUGCUGCCAUUUGAACCCCGGAGGGCAGCCCUACAACUGAAAAGCAUUCUCUUAAGUAAUGACCGUCAGAGACGUAACGGAUAUAGCGACGUUGUGACAGAAAUGAGAAUAUGAGUAACUCUGGGAGGUUUCAGAAAAGCAGCCAAAUACGAUGAAAAACACCUGACUCGGCGGUGGAGGCUUAACCGGUUUAAAACCUGGAGAGAAGGCGGCUUGUAAGGUGCUUGGUGGAGGAGGAAGUGAGAGUGUCCCAGAGUGUAGGAAGCUGGGGAUUUCGUCCCGGCUCUGCCUCUGAACUUGCUGGGCCAUCUGCUUCCCACCCUGCCGCAGGCUCCUGGAGUGGAAAACAAGGGCGGUCACGUUGGUGACUUCCAAGAACCCGUGCGCAGUCCUGUGUUGAAAGUGGGCAAUGUCCCGUCCCUUCGCGGCUGCUACGGUCCGCCAGGGGCUAGCGCCUGGCACAGAGUAUCCUGUCCCCCCGCUCUGGACCAGGCAGCUCUGCUGAAAGAGAGUGAAGUGUCUCAGGCUGGGCGUGGAGAUCUGCGGCAGUGAUUGGAGGAAACACUGCGCGAGCCCCGGUCCGGGUCAUCGCGUCCUGCCUGCACCGGAGGGAGCUUUGCCUCGGGGUCCAGCAAACGCAGAAACUAAUCUACCGACAGAAACCGUCUCCGCCAGUCAAGAGACCCUCACAAGCACUUUGCCAUGGAUGUAGAAGAAGAAGAAAACAUGAGUUCGAGCAGCACAGAUGUUAAGGAAAGCUGCGGUCUGGACAGCGCGCCCCCCACGGACGGCAGCGCCCCCGGGCCUGGCGAGGGCGCCCCGCUCUCCAACGGGGGCGGUGGCGGCACCGGCCGGAAGCGGCCCCUGGAGGAGGGCAGCAAUGGCCACGCCAAGUUCCGCCUGAAGAAGAGGAGGCGGCCGCCGGGGCCCGCGCUGCCCAAGAACGCCCUGAUGCAGCUGAACGAGAUCAAGCCCGGCCUGCAGUACGCGCUGCUGUCGCAGACGGGGCCGGUGCACGCGCCUCUGUUCGUCAUGUCCGUCGAAGUGAACGGGCAGGUGUUCGAGGGCUCCGGCCCCACCAAGAAGAAGGCCAAGCUGCACGCCGCGGAGAAGGCCCUGCGCUCUUUCGUUCAGUUCCCCAACGCCUCCGAGGCCCACCUGGCCAUGGGGAGGACCCUGUCCGCCAACACGGACUUCACGUCCGACCAGGCUGACUUCCCCGACACGCUCUUCAACGGCUUCGAGACCCCGGACAGGUCGGAUGCGCCCUUCUACCUGGGCUCCAACGGGGACGACUCCUUUAGUUCCAGCGGGGACCUCAGCUUGGCCGCGUCCCCGGCACCCGCCGGCCUCGCGCAGCCUCCCCUGCCCGGCCCUCCGCCGUUCCCGCCGCCGAGCGGGAAGAACCCCGUGAUGAUCCUGAACGAGCUGCGGCCGGGGCUCAAGUACGACUUCCUGUCGGAGAGCGGGGAGAGCCACGCCAAGAGCUUUGUCAUGUCUGUGGUGGUGGACGGCCAGUUCUUCGAGGGCUCGGGCCGGAACAAAAAGCUCGCCAAGGCCCGGGCUGCGCAGUCUGCCCUGGCGACCAUUUUUAAUUUGCACUUGGAUCAAACCCCGUCUCGCCAGCCCAUCCCCAGCGAGGGCCUUCAGUUGCAUUUACCGCAGGUGUUAGCGGACGCCGUGGCUCGCCUGGUGCUGGAUAAGUUCGGUGACCUGACGGAUAACUUCUCCUCUCCUCACGCACGUAGGAAAGUUCUUGCCGGCAUCGUCAUGACAACAGGCACAGAUGUGAAAGAUGCCAAGGUGAUAAGUGUCUCUACGGGAACAAAGUGCAUUAAUGGCGAGUACAUGAGUGAUCGUGGCCUUGCGUUAAAUGACUGCCACGCGGAGAUAGUAGCUCGGAGGUCCCUGCUCAGAUUUCUUUAUACACAGCUUGAGCUUUACUUAAAUAGCAAAGACGAUCAAAAAAGGUCCAUCUUUCAGAAGUCAGAGCGCGGCGGGUUCAGGCUGAAGGAGAGCGUUCAGUUCCAUCUGUACAUCAGCACGUCUCCCUGUGGGGACGCCAGAAUUUUCUCGCCGCACGAGCCGAUUCUGGAAGGGGCUGCUGCACUUGUUUGCCGUGAGGAGAGGAGAGGACUUUCACCUGGCCUUCCUCUCCUAGAACCAGCGGACAGGCAUCCAAACCGCAAAGCCAGAGGACAGCUGCGGACGAAAAUAGAGUCUGGCGAAGGCACGAUUCCGGUGCGGUCCAACGCCAGCCUGCAGACGUGGGACGGGGUGCUGCAGGGCGAGAGGCUGCUCACCAUGUCCUGCAGCGACAAGAUGGCCCGGUGGAACGUGGUGGGCGUCCAGGGCUCACUGCUCAGCAUCUUCGUGGAGCCGAUUUACUUCUCGAGCAUCAUCCUGGGCAGCCUCUACCACGGGGACCACCUCUCCAGGGCCAUGUACCAGCGGAUCGCAAACAUAGAAGACCUGCCCCCGCUGUACGCCCUCAACAAGCCUCUGCUCAGCGGCAUCAGCAACGCAGAAGCGCGGCAGCCAGGGAAGGCACCCAACUUCAGCGUCAACUGGACGGUGGGUGACUCGGCCAUCGAGGUCAUCAACGCCACGACGGGGAAGGACGAGCUGGGCCGUGCAUCCCGCCUGUGUAAGCACGCCUUGUACUGUCGCUGGAUGCGUGUGCACGGCAAGGUUCCCUCCAACUUGUUACGGUCCAAGAUUACUAAGCCCAACAUGUACCAUGAAUCCAAACUGGUAGCAAAGGAGUACCAGGCCGCCAAGGCGUGUCUGUUCAAAGCGUUCAUCAAGGCGGGGCUGGGCGCCUGGGUGGAGAAGCCCACAGAACAGGACCAGUUCUCUCUCACACCCUGACCUGGGGCCUGGGGCCGGGGCUGCUGCGUCCAGCGCUGUCUCCGGAACGUCCCGUCUGGACCGGGGGCAGGUGUGGGGACGCGGGGUGCUGGGCGUCCAGCGCUGUCUCCAGAAGGUCCGGUCUGGACCGGGGGCAGGUGUGGGGACGCGGGGUGCUGGGCGUCCAGCACUUUCUCUGGAACGUCCCGUCUGGACUGGGGGCAGGUGUGGGGACGCGGGGUGCUGGGCGUCCAGCACUUUCUCCGGAACGUCCCGUCUGGAUUGGGGGCAGGUGUGGGGACGCGGGGUGCUGGGCAUCCAGCGCUUUCUCUGGAACGUCCCGUCUGGACUGGGGGCAGGUGUGGGGACGCGGGGUGCUGGGCGUCCAGCACCGUCUCCAGAACACGUGUCUGGACUGGGGGCGGGCGCGCAUUUCGGGGAGGGUGGGGAGGGUGUUGGGGUUCAGUGUCCCCACCUGGCACCCCUGUGCAGCGGCAUUACCCCUUUGAAUUAUCCAGUGACUGCUUUCAAUCUCCGUUUACGUUUAGAAAUUGAGUUCUACUGAGUAGGGCUUCCUUAAGUUUAGGAAAAUAGAAACUACUUUGUGUGAAAUUUUUGAAUAAAUAAUUUAUUCAGAGUUAGGAACGUGGUUUAUAAAAUAAGUAAUUAUAUCAGGUCACUCUUACGCCACAUUACUUUAUGUGUGGAGAAGGGGAGAGCGUAGGGAGAGGUUGGAGGCGGUAGCCUGAAGAGAGCGUCAGGGCUGUGUUACUGGUGGGUCUCCUGCCCGCCCGCCGUGACCCGGCUGCCCUCAGUGACUGUCCCAGCCUGCCCGGGAGAGGACCCCGCACGACAGGCCCAGCCCAGCGCACACACGCGGCCCCUGGUGUGGUGUCGGCGUGCGUCCGUGAGGGUGCAGCCUGGAUCCCUCUAACCUUUAGCCCCCCCGGAAGCUUCUGUGCCCCUCCUAGGGUUGCAUCGUGGAAAACGUGUUGGUUCACUUCUAAGUGAUCAAAGGUACAACGUGGGUGGUAAUCCUGGCCAUUCAUUGGAGAUUUUUCAGCAGUAUUUAACUUUUAGGGACUAGGAGGAAUCCACAGAGGCUACUGCACAAUUUUAUUCCUUCCUCUGAAUCUAAUGAGUGUGGAUGACUCUCCAGACAUCUUCACAGAAUGGAAAUAGAAUUAAUUAAGUAGAGAUACUCAUUCUUAGAAAAUGCCACUUAAGGCAUAUUUUUAAAUUAAGCUUUAUCAAAGGUGUGUUUGAAGUCAGUAUUCAGGCCAGAAGCUGGUGAGGCCACAGACGCCAUCCCCACCAGGGUCUGCACAUUGAUUGUCACGGCAGGGAAGGGGUGCUGCUGGCGUCGGGGUGACCCGGGGACGCUGCUCCACACCCCGCAGCACCCGGGGUGGCCCCGGGCCGAGCCGGCAGAUGGUCAGGAGCGCGGGCUAGGGUCCUGGGUGGCGCCUCGACCUGAGCUCAGAGAUUUGCACCAAUUGCCUUGUUUCUUCCACUCAGGAUCAGACAGGAGCCCGAGGAGGUGCUGGGUCAGAAGUGGGGGGGUGGGCCUUGUGGGUGCAGCAAGCAGAGACGGGAGACCCCGCCCCGCCUUUCUGGACUCAGAAGACCUAGGACUGGAGCAGAGCAGCUACUGUCCCCUCGGUCCCGACCCCACGUGCUCAGAGCAGGAGAUUCGGACCAGAAGUGCAGAGACUCCCGGCGCCUCUGUGGGUCCCCGGGUGGCCGGUCGCAGCUGUGGGUCCGGACCAGGGACUGACCAGGGGCAGAGGAGCGAGCCCCGCCCACACCAGCCUGCUCUCCUGCAGCCCGGGUGCAGGGGUACGGGGGGGGGGGGGGGCCACGGCCGGGCUGCGCCUUCCACCCGCAGCAGGAAAGCUGCCGGCCGGUGUCGCUCCCCUCCCCGAGCAGGCGCUCCCAACUCAGACGACAUCUGUAGCCCCUGCGUUUUUAUUCUCUCUACAAAUGGUAUUUUUUCUAACAGGGAUCGGGAGACGGACUUAGUUUUUACAGAAUACCUGGAUUUUGACUAAAAGCCCAGGGGAAAUAUAUUGCAUGUACAUACAAACGCUGCCCAGUAUGUCUGGCUUCUGCCCUCCCGUCGGGUAAAGGCUGAGGGGAGUGUGGUCCUCUCCCCGCCCCAAGUGAAGAAGGACGGCCCUACUGUGUGCUGGCCCCAAGGACCCCAGCUCCGCGGCCACCGGGACUCUCCCCGGCACGCGUGGGCCUCGUGGGCUGUGGAGGACAGCGCCCGGGGUCGGGAGGGAGGGAGCCGUGCCCGGGACGGGACAGCAGCCGGAUUAGCUCCCCCGUGAGCGGGAACCAGAGGAAGGAAACGUUAACUCCUCAGGGAGGCGGGAGGCCAGUCAGGAAACUGCACUUUAAACAAACUGCCCUGUUUGAGGCUCAGCGUGCAUUCUGCCCCGUGACUGUUUUCCGAGGUAUUAUUUUGCACACUGUGCCCUAACCCUGGAUUUCAGAGACUUGGGAAGUCUGACACCACCAAGAACCUGAUUGAGAAAAAUCAGUUGUGAAGACGUUUUGCCCAGUGGGGGUUGGGAGGGUUCUGUUCUGUUUUGUUUGCUAAACCUGAAGUAUUAACUCCAGGAAGACAGGGACCCUCAUGUGGUCCCCAGGCUCGGGGACAGCUGUCCCUCUGGCGGAAGGCCCUUCGCGCCUGGGGUGGGGGUGGGGGGCCAGGCACGCCACAGAGCUCCGUUCUGAUCCUGAAUCUUAAUUGCACUUUUCAUCAUGUUUUUCUGUUUUGGAGAGUUUUAUUGAUUUAUUUAAUCAAAAACAGUUGCUGUAUCUUAAAACGUGCAGACUGACAUCUCACAAGGCAUUGAUUUCUCUGGAAUGUAUUUUCGUUCAGAUGAUUUCCUUGGCACCCACACUCUAGACUCACUGCUUUCUUCGUAAAGACAUCGUUCCUUGUCAUCCCAAAUAGGGACGCCGAAGAGGGGGCGGCUCUCUGGCUCCUCAAGGCAGGCAGAGCUGAGGGGGAUUAGUGAUGCUGGGGGCGGGGCCACACGCCGCGUCCCCUUUUAUCAAAAAGCAGAAAUCGGAUGGCUCUUCACUUCUAAAAUAUUUCACACCAAAAAAAUACGGUCUGCCCCGACCGUAAGUUUGAUCGAGCAAGAGGAAUAAAAGCAGCUGGGUUUCCCAUCUGUGUGAAGUCAGAGAAUCUCUCAGAAGGUUCCUUUUUGUCAACCCCAAACUACCUAAGUGGAAAGGGCAGAGUAUUUGCGACCUUGUGUGUCCAGUGUUGUGUGUCCUUGUCCCCUGGAGUGUCCUGUGACCCUCUCCAUCCUCCUGGCCAGUCACGUGCCUCGGGGCUGGGAGGGGAGGGUCUGACUCGGUCCCGGCAUUUAGCUGACCUCUGGCACUGCUGUGUGCACCUGUUCACUGUUUGCGGCGACGAGCCCCCGGCCCCGAGAACACUUAGCUUGGCCACGCCGUGGGCUGAUGGUACAUCGCGAGCCGACGCCUGUCCUUCUGGACACGACCACGAAUGGUUAAAGUCAGUCUGCGGAACGUUUGUGGAGUGAGCCCGGAAGCAGUUUGCUUCUCCAGAUAUUGGGUCAUAUGCUUUUAUUUUACUUUAUUUUAUUUUGGAAUUUGGACACUUUAUAUGAAUGUAGUUCAGCCAAGAACCCUGUCGCUAAGAUCCACUCCCCGGUGUUCUCUGUAUGUAUAUUGAUGUAUAUACCACACGUUACAACCUGCAUGAGCUUCCUUCUCGCAGCGAGACCAGCCGGAACCAAGCAUGAGACGCGGUCCUACACACAAAGGAUUUGACAUGUUCUCAAUAAAAGACAGUGUUAUACCA